CAACUGGCUGCUUCUGAAGACCAUGGCGCCGUUCAUGUGGAUGAGGUAGGCUCUCAAUCUGCAGGAGCCUGUCCUCUGUGGUCCAUGAACACCAACGACGCGGAUGCUCUCCGCCAACGAAUACUUGAGCUCGACACACAACUCCAAACCACCAAAGCUCUACUACGCCGGAUAGAGGAGCAACGACCCAAUACUGGCGGCAAUGCUUCACUUCCACCCGUCUCGCUGCCUCUGGGUCCAUCUACGCACAACCUGAUGCUACUGUCCGACUCAGCUUUACCUUUAGGAAGCUUCGCCUAUUCUUCUGGCCUGGAGUCCUUCCUAGCCCACCACAAACCUAUCCCAACAGGCCAGACACAUCUUUCGUUGUUCCAUAAAUUCCUGAAACUCUCGAUCCAGUCUGUGGCAUAUACCAAUGUCCCCUAUGCCCUCGCGGCAUUCCGAGACCCUCUGGGUCUGGCAGAUCUAGACAACGACCUUGACGCCUCGACACCAUGUACCGUCGCACGACGAGCAAGUAUCGCCCAAGGCCGGGCACUACUAAGUGUCUGGGAAAAGGCCUUUGCAUCGACUGCUAAGUCCCAGCACGAAGAAGAUAUUGAAGCAGUUACUACGAUCGAGAUCUUCUCUCGCGAUCUCAGACUCGCCGCGAUUUCCUCGGAUCCUCUUCCCGCUGUCAAUGGCCAUCUCGCUCCAUUAUGGGGCGUGGUCUCUCUCGCGCUCGGUCUAAACCUCGAGGAAGCGGGGUAUUUGCUCCUGCUGAAUCAUGCAAAGGCGGUCCUGAGCGCGGCGGUGAGAGCGUCUGUCAUGGGACCGUACAUGGCGCAAACUAUUCUCGCGGGCCAGGGGCUGCAGGAUCUAAUCCGCCGAAGCCUAGAGAAGGUGUGGUUCUUGCAGCCUGAGGAUGCGGGACAAGUCGUGCCGUCUUUAGAUCUGUGGGUGGGAAGGCAUGAGAUGCUGUACAGCAGGAUCUUCAAUUCUUGAGCUGUGUGAAAGACAGCUUGACUGUCUGUGAGUCAAGAACGUCGCGACAGCAGGCACUGCGGUGGAAGUGAAAUACGGAGUAUUCAGCGUCCACCGCCUUAAUAACGGGAGGACUCCCCACGAGCAGGGCAGCUUCGCGCUUCAGUCAACUGAGGUAAUGUCGGAUGAAGACCCUGUCUCAACAAUCUGGGUACCGUGCUUAACUUACUCUCACCAUGAAACUCGAUCAGAUUGCCACUUGCAUCCUUCUGACUACUGUAGUUGGUCUACCAACAUCCACGACAGCAGUUCGAGGCCAACAGCGUCCGAAUGCCGAAAUCCAAGUCCCCAAACCAAAAGCCGCCUGUCAUUGCGAGCUUGUCAGACGCUCGAUCAACGUGACACCUGAAGACUGCGUCGACUACUGUAUCUGGAGAUGGGGUUGGUAUUGGAUGUGAGGCUGUCAAAGGGAAGAGGAACCCUCAGGACCAGCCAUUCGCAAAGCUUUCUGUCAAAACAGCAACUUCAAGCUACUACAGAGAGAAGUAAAACGCAAGACACCAACGGCAUUGCGAACGUUGAUCGAAUCGACAACAUGAGUUGGAAUCAGCCCAUGCUCUCUAUGACUGUUCGUACUAUAUUGUGCGAGAAGCGAUCUACCGGCCGACCUCAUCAAUCGGACCGAGUCUUUCUUCAACACCCUCGGUCGGUCGUUUGGCUUUCUUCGCUUGUCUUCCCCUACCCGCUGGCUCUUUAGUGGUCCUACGCUGCUGCGGUUGUCUCUUCUUCGGUGCCACAGCCGCCCCAAC